AUGACAUCUUCUAUUCCAAUAACCAAUGAAAAAAACAAAACAACAAUUUGGCCAAACUGGCUUGAUCUUCCAAGAGAUGUGACAGCAAACAUCCUCCAGAGACUUGAUACCGUUGAAUUGUUAACUAGUGCAUGUCAAGUCUGCCCUAUUUGGUGGAACAUCUGCAAGGAUCCUCACAUGUGGCGAACCAUUAACAUUACCAAUUAUGGUUAUAACCAUUCCAUGCAUAAUACGGGUAAAUUUGUGAAGAUUUGUCGCAAUGCAAUUGAACGAAGUUGUGGUCGGGUAGAAUACAUUGAUAUUGAGCAUUUUGCAACGGAUGAUCUUCUUGCAUACAUAGCUAAUAGAUGCCUCUCAGAUAAAGUAUUUAGAGAAUCUGUUAAGAAGCUGUCGCAAUUAGAGAGUCUUGAUAUUUCAUAUCAAAAUCAACUGUCAAAGGAUUCGUUCGAAAUUAUUGGCCGAUAUUGUCCUCUUUUGAAAACAUUGAAAUGUAGAGGGAUCGUAGCGAACGACAGAGAGAAUGAUGUGUCAUUUGCUAUUGCUGAAACAAUGCCGGGAUUACAUCAUCUUAAAAUUUCUGGAAAUAUGCCUUCUGAGGAUGGUGUUCAUGCCAUUCUUGAUGGAUGUCCGCUUCUUGAGUCUCUUGACUUGAAAGAGUGUUAUUGUUUCUAUAAUAGUGAAAGAUUGGAGAAAAGGUGCCGUGAAAAUGUUAAGGAUUUUAGGCCUCCUUCAUUACACUGCUACUCUUCUCAUUAUGAUUCUGGAUGGGGUAUUGAAUGUGAAAAUUGGUCUGGUUUUGAGGACUAG